GCGGGGCGGUCCCGCUGGGCGGGGCCUACCUGGGCGGGACCGCACCUGGAGCGGGCGGGUCGCGCAGUGCGGCGGCGGCCAUGGCGGGAGCGGCGCGGCGGGGCGGCCCCGGGGCCCGGGCUUGGACCCUGCGGCUGCUGCUCGCUGCGGCGGCCGUGGCCCUGGCAGGAGCUCAGGUCACCUCCGAGACCAAAGAAGUCCCUGAGCAUGAGACCGCCAACAUCCCCUGCUCAGCAUUUAAGUCCAGCUGGGGCAACCCCCGCAUCGAGUGGAAGUUCCAAAAAGGCUCCACGCUCGUGCUCUUCUACUACGGGGGGGAGCUGACAGAGCCGUACCGGGACCGGGUGACAUUCUCACCCACCAGCAUCCAGCUGAGCGUGGUGACACGCGAGGACACCGGCCGCUACAUCUGCGAGGUGGUGGGGUCCGGCAGCCAGAUCGCCAAGUCCGAGGUCAACCUCAUCGUCCAAGUGCCGCCGUCCACGCCGGUGGCCCAUGUCCCCAGCUCGGCCACCAUCGGCAGCCGCGCCGUCCUGCGCUGCAGCGAGACCGAGGGGUCCCCCCCGCCAACGUUCCGCUGGUACAAGGACGGGAUGGUGAUGCCUUCGGACCCCAAAUCCAGCCCCACCUUCCGCAACUCGUCCUACAGCCUGGACUCUGCCACCGGAGAGCUGGUGUUCGAGCCCCUCAGCGCCUUUGACAGCGGGGAGUAUCAUUGCGAGGCCACCAACAACGUGGGGCCCCCCCAGAAAUCCAGCGCCGUCCGCAUGGAAGCAAGCGAGGUCAAUGUGGGUGGCAUCGUGGCGGCGGUCGUGGUGCUGCUGAUGGUGCUGGGCCUGGCGGCCUUUGGCAUCUGGUUCGCCUACAGCCGCGGCUUCUUCAAGAGAAAAGACACCGGCAGCAAGAAGGUGAUUUACAGCCAACCCUCGCAGCGCAGCGACGGCGAGUUCAAGCAGACGUCGUCCUUCCUGGUGUGACCCCCACCCCGUGUAAAUGUCCCCAAUUCUGUCCCCAUUUCCCCCAUUUUAACGAUUAUUUUUUUAAGUCUCAGCCGGUGCCUUCGCAGCCCCUCAGGGGUUUAUUUUUAGGGGGGGGGUCUCAUGUUCCCCCCCCGUCCUGUCCCCUCCCCAGCAGGACAUGGGUUGUGACCCCGCGCUUGGGGACGUCACCAUGUCCCCAAGUGGGGGGACAGGUCUUGGGGGGGGGGGCUGGUGUCACCCUACCCCCCUCCCCAGCCAUGCUGGGUCCUACUGGUCCCAGUUGCCCCCCUGUACUGGGGGGGCAGCAGCUGCUGGAAAUAAACCGUGUCCUUGUA